UCUUGGUAUUAUAAUCGAACGAUCCGCGGGACAAAUUGAUCCAAUUGAUUUUAACGUAUCAAUCCCGCGUAUGUUAGUUUAAUUGUAACAAGCGAUUUUAAUGUUUUAUUCUAUGAUUAUUUAUUCAGUUUUAUUCAAUUGAAUGAAUGCACGCAUCUCUCGGGUGCGCGAUAUUAAAACGUCUCUACCGUCCAAUAUCACGCACACACGUUGCGCGUCGAUGUGUGCGCGUGUACGCUUGCAGCCAUGUCAACACGCUGUCAACACAAACAGCAACAAACAGCCAGUCGUUGAAUGAGUAAAUUGAAUGAAAGUAACCUAGUCGGGAUCGAAUUUUCCACGCCCGAGCUGCCUUUAGCACAUACCGAUAGGUUUCCUAGGGAAAAAAAGGAAUGCUCGAGACGAAGAUGCUCGAUUCGGAGUACAACGCGCUGAAACGCGGGGAGCCCCACGUUACCCUUCAGGAAUACAACGCCGUUGUUGCGGAGCUCAACCGGGAGCUGGAAAUGUGCAAAGCGGAACAAACCGGCAUUCGUUCCGAGUUACAAGCCCUGCACGUUGAGAGUAAGAGCGGCAGCGACGCUAUACGCGACUACAUUUCGCGCGUCCACUCGGAAGAAUGCGGCGGCGAGGAUGCGCACGAUAAGAUGAUGAGGAACCUGAAGGAGCACAUCGCGGUCCUGCAGAUGGAGAAGGACUCCGCGGUCCAGCUGUGGCAGGUGUCGAUGAAAGCCGUGGACGCCCUGGAGCAGGAGUUGAGGGCCCGCGCGGUGGACAACAGGGACGCCAGGUUUUACGAGGAGCGGCUGAAAGACGUCAGGCAAUCGUACUCGGAAGCGAUAAAGGCUCUGGAGAGCAAGUUGCUUCAGGCUAAGGAAAACUUCGCCACGCAGCAGUCCCUGUGGAUGUCGAGCAAGGAGACGAUGGAGGCUCUGAAGCGAGAGAAGCGAGAAGCGGCGACGAGACUUGAGGAGCUUCAACGAGACGUUGAGCAGAAAGAUAGGAAUAGUCAGCGGACGAUACAAUCGUUGACGGAAGAACUGUCCGCCGCGAAGGCGGAGAUACAGAGGAUAAGUCACUUGAAGUCGGACUUGGAGAGGAGACUGAACGAGAGUAGAAGAGCGGCCGGCAAUAUCGUGGCGCAGAACGAGGAGACCAAGUGCAAGAUGGCCGAGGCCCUCGAUCUGAUAGAAUCCGCGGUGAGAGAGAGGGACCACGUGCUUCAAAGGGAGGCGCAAGUCGCGGAGCAAAACGCCAGGCUGGAGGCUCGACUGGCUUCCGUUGCCGAGGAACACGCCGUCAAGAUGCGAGAGGAGAUUGCCAGGCUGAAGGACGCUCACGAGCACGGUGUGAAGAAGUACUUGUCGGAGAUCAAAGAGCUCAAGUCGGAAUUGCGGGAGAAGGUGACGCUGCUGGACCGAUUGCAGCGAGAGAGCAGACUGGCGGAGGAGGAGCUGGAGAAGAUGCGCCGGGACUCCGAGGAUUUGCUGGAAGAGUCGGCCGCGAAGAUUCUCACCUUCGAACAGGCGUUGAAGCAGACGGACUCCAAGUUGGAGGCCUGCAGCGAGAUGUGCAAGAGGCAGUACAAUCUGGAGGUGCAACAGCUGCGAGAGAGGAUUGUCGGCCUGGAGGAAAAGCUGGUAGCUUCGAACGAGAGGCUGAAGCAGAUUCAGCAGCAGAGCUCCGUGGACGUGCGAGACCGCAUCAAAUGGGCCGACGAAAAGACCAAGGACGCGAUCGAUCGUUACGUUAAUCUGGAGGGCCAGCUGGUCAGGGCUACGGGCGACAAGGAGUCUCUGGCGACGGAGUUGAAAUCGCUGCAGUCGGCCUUCGAUCGCGAGAUACACAAGAGGGAUUACGAGCGUGGCGCGUUGGAGACCAAGAUCCGCGAAUUAGAGACGAAUCUUCCGAGGGAGAAUUACGCCGCGGAGGGUAAAUCGGGCAGCGAUGUUCCUCCGAUACAGGUUUCCUCGCGACAUCGGGCGGAGACAAGCAAACACACCCUGGAUAUACGCGUGGAAAACAUGGACCACAAUUGGCAGUCUCUGUUAACCGAGCAAUUGAGUAAGCAGCAAGAACACUUUGACAAGAAAAUGAGGGAGAUGACGCAGCAUGUGACGGUUCAUCAGAAAUUAAGCAGAAGGUGGAGGGACGAGGCGAAGUCUUUGACGGCGCGGUUUCAAGUCAAGUCCAAGGAAUUACGCGGCAGAGUUAAAUCGUUACGGAAAGAGAAUGUCGAGCUGCACAAAGCACUCCUGCUUUGCAAACAGCAAUUCACUCAAUUUGGAACAGACACCGUCCAACGCAGUUGCGCACAGGGAUCCGAGGCCAGGUGACGGUGUCCCGUACCGCAGGCAGGACGUUCGCGACGCAUCCCGGGCGCUGUAAAUAUUACAGAGCGACUGGCUUGGUUCACCAAGGAGAAGACACGGGUCUUAAGAAGCAACGUCAAUUCUUUCUCACAAAUUGUCCCCCACCUACCUGACAGCAAUGUUAACGCCAGUU